AAUAACAGGAGGAGGAAGAGAGAACUAGAGCGCGCGCCACUUGCGCAUGCGCUGCUAUGGCUGGCAACGGUUGGGGCCGCAACGCGGUGCCCCUGUGCGCGGGGGCGGUGCUGGGGGGCGCGCUCAUCUUAGAGGUAUUCGUGGUGUUGGUGCAGCUACGGCACGAAGACGGUGACGGGCACGAGCACGAAAAGGGGCAGCCGUUCCCAUUCUCGUCGCUGGUAUCCCUACUCUUCCUGCUCGGGAACGCGCUUGAGAAUGCACGCCGUUUCAUCACCGCCUCACCCAGCACGCGUGGCGUCAUGCUUGCGGGGGCGGGACAAGGAUGGGAUUACUGCUACUCCUGCCAGACCCACGUGCCUCCCCGCUGUGCUCACUGCUUCUCCUGCAAUGUUUGUGUCCUGCGGCGUGACCACCAUUGCACGCUACUGGGCCAGUGCUUGGGCUACCAGAACUACCGCUACUUCCUUUGCCUGCUGCUGCACGGCGCUGCUGCCCUGCUGUUUGGUUGCCUGCUCAACGCCAAGGUAGUCAUGUUGCUACAACAGGAGGGGACUCCUGUCCAUACAGUCCUUCUGCUUGUUGUGCCAUGGCUCAUGCUGCUGAUAGGGCAAGUCAGUGUCACAACCUUCAUUUAUGCCUUUGUGACGGAUGUCUGCAUGGUGGGCUUCCUCUUCUGCACUGGCUUCCUGCUCUUUCAUGUCCUGCUGACACUGCGUGGACAGACGACCAAAGAAUGGUUUGAAGGAGAUCACCAGUACGACUUGGGAUGGCGGAGCAAUCUUCAGGAUGUCCUGGGAGAGCGGUGGUACCUUGUGUGGCUCUCACCCUUCAUUGCCUCUCCUUUGCCAGGGGACGGAAUCACCUUCCAAACCAAGAAACCGAAAUCUGAGCCCCUCACCAAGUCCCGCAACUGCUGAAGGUUACCUUCUUGCUGCUUACCAGGAAAGUUUUGUCUUGGUGCAGAAAAUGGAUGGCUGCCCCCACUGCCUGCCUUUGAACAAAACUUUAGAUGACUACUAUGGAACUCUCAGUAUACUGCUCCUCCUUCAUCAGAUCACCAUCUGUUUUGGUCAUUUUUCUCACCACAGAGAUGCUUCUUUGGUGUUUGAAUUGGUUAGCUUCAUUGAUUGGGAUGGAAGAAAAUAUGGGUCACUUCUGGACCAAUUUCUUCUGGACUUUUCUCAGCCCAACAUUGUGGGGGGGGGGGGCAAAUUUCUUUGCCUUCUUAGUGCUUUUCAAUUAGCUCUUUAGCCCUUACUGUCAUCUCCUUAUUCUCUCAGGCAGUAAGGAGCAUUUAGUAGUUGGAAAUAACAUGAAUGAACUAUAUAAACUUGGUGAGGAACUGCCAGAUCUGUGCUGCAGAUUGUGGAGAUUUCAUCUUAUCGUCUCCUUUCCUUCCCCUCUGCAACAGUUGUGGGGUUGGGUCCCCAGAGAAUAUACAAAACACAUCUGUAGAAAGGAACAGAACUUGGAUUAGUACAUUGUGAGGUUCUGCAAGUGCAGUAUAUUGGAGUUCUGGUGGGGUUUUUUUUACCUACCUCCUUUAGGAUUCUACCAGUUGCCUCACAAUAGUUUGGCUGCAGCAGCUCAUUGCAUUGAUGGCCAGGAGUCUUUCCAUAAUCACUGCUUGUUUACUGCUCACAUUGCCCACUGACUCCUUAAAAUGCUUCCCAUCAAAUCUGGUCGCUACUGAUAUUGUAAAUCCUUGGAAGUAAGCGUCUACUUCUUCUGGACUACUACAAACCCAACAGGAUUGGGAUGAAGAGAGGACUCACCCUCACUGUGUUAAGUCUAAUUAUGAUGUUGCCUUAUAUAGAAAGUCAAACCAUUGGUCCCUCUAGCCCAUGUGAUAGCUCAUGAGAUCCUGGGGAUUGAAUCAAAGAUAUUCUCAGAGGGCAGAUAUUCAGCUAAUGACCCCUCCCCUGUAAGAUGGGAAAUAUUUAUCUAAAACUGUACACUGAGCAGGGCACUACAGGCAUGCAGCUGUAGAGAGGAACAAUGGCGUUCUGCGAAUUUCAGCAGACUCUCAGAAUAGCAACAAAUCCAGAAAACUGCUUUCCCCAGAAAAUCCCUUAGCAACUCUCCAAGGGAGGCCUGGGCAUUGUCAGCCCACACACAUAGUGAGUAGUUGUAACUCCUUUAUACUUUCAACAGUAGGCCAGCAUGCAGUACUAAUAAAUCAAAAAGAGCUGGGGAGAGGCUUGGCAACACCACCAGGCCCGGGUGAUAUCCACCCGUUUCACGGCACCGAGGAGUCAACUUGGCCAAACUCAGUGCAAACCUCUUCUUAUCCAUGGCUUUGGGCAAGCUACUGUCUUAGCUGUUUCAGGUUUUUAGCAUAAAUCUUGACCUGCCUUGUAAGGUUGUUGUAAGGAUAUAAAACCACUGUGCACAUUAAAUUACUAUUUAAACUACAA